AUGCCAUCUCCAAGUCCGACAGCGACAUUGCGCCGAAGAGGCGGCUCGCCAUCCAGAGACACUCCUACAAAUGAGUUGACCGUCAAACAGGAACAACAAUCUCUCAAGACCUUGCGGACAGCAGCAGACCUUAUUGCAGACCACCCAGCCAUCAAGCCCGUUAUCCCAGACUCUCAAGAAACAGAAACAUCAUUCUCAUCUUCAACACAAGCAACCGAAGAAGAAACCUCAGGAACAUUAUUCACAAGAACAACGACCACAACAACCUCAUCCUCUUCAAUCGCCAGCAGGAUCCUCCACAUCCUCCUGAAACCCUUCUACUUCCUCAUCUUUGUAAUCCUCCACCUCGGCCAUGAACUCGUCAUCAGCGCCCGGACCAUGAAGACCCUCUUCCAAGUUUUCUUCCUCCCCCACCUCUUCCCCGUCGCUCCUGAGUUGGUCCGGAUCGUCAGGAAGGAUGUUGGAGAAGAUGUGGUCAAGAAACCGACACAUUUGGCGGUGAUUACUGAAAAAUCUGGAAUUACGUUGACGGGCGAGGUGGAUGAGACGGAGGAGAAUGAGUGGCAUGCGAAAGUUGCUCAGUUGGCGCAGUGGUCGAGCGCUGUGGGGAUCAAGACCUUGUCCAUCAUGCGGAAUUCUCCAUUGGACCCAGAGGACUUGGAGGCGCUUCAGGACAGGAUCGACCACACAAUGAAGGAUUUCUACAAGGAGGAAAGGCGGGUUCCCAUCGCCUUGGUCAGGACCCUUCGCCCCGUCGAAGAAAGCCUAAGCCUCGUCUUUCAACAAAACAAUAGCAACAACAACAACAACAGCCAACCGACCAUCCAGCGGGACCUUCGACCCCACGGUGGACGCGCAUUUGAUUUGGAUAUUGUGAUCCUCUCCCCCGAGGACGGCCACGACCGUCUUGCCGGGAACAUUCGUCUUCUUGGAAAAGCCGCCUUGCGUCAACAGAUCACGAGCGACCAGAUCACGACAAAGUUCAUGGAUACGCAGUUGUCGGCGGACUUGUCCGAACCAGAGCUGUUAAUUAUUCUGAAGGAUGAUUUGGAUUUGAGUAGUUAUCCUCCCUGGCAUAUCCGUCUGACAGAGAUUUUUCAUCAUCCUGAUCAGGCUGUCAUCCCCGUUUAUACCAUGUUCCUUCAGGCACUCCAUCGUUAUGCCAAAUGUGAACAGCGCUUCGGAAAGUAA